AUGGCGACCGAUGCCGCACUCCAAGAUCCUCUCCUGUCGCUUCGACGUGCGAUUGCCUCUGGUAACCUCCCAAUACCGACGACCUCGUCCGAGCUCUCAGAUCAAUCAGCCACGGACGACUUAGCCAAGGCCACACAUCUAUACUUCGCCCAACCAACCCCUCAGACAAUCGCGCUGUCAACCCCCACACGAUUCAUCUCGGCAUCCACCAAAUCCCCGGUAGACUUGCGCAGUAUCCUUUUCGCUUGGCAGAACAAAGAUGUGGCUAUCCCCGAAUACAUCGCCAAGGCGCAGGAGUUCAACGACGCGCUGAAGAAGCAGACACCAGAAGGUGGUAAAGAGGAGAGUGUCCAGAUUCUGAUCUUCCUUGAGCGUCUCGACCUUUUCACCUGGUUGGAGGGCGCCUCCGACGACAGUGAACACAUCAAACCCCUCGAGGGUGCUGCUGCUGCUGCUGAGGCGGCUGCCGCAGCUGCAGGUGUUGCGCAGUCUGAGAAUGCAGCCGCAAUUGCCGCUGGUGCGACUGGCGGAAUCUCGACCGUUCCCAGCGGUGCCCCAGGACCAGCACAACCCGGAGCUCAGACCGGCCGGCCACAGAAGCAAAUCGACCCUCGACUGCAAGAGAUCUACAACGGAGAACGCAAAAUCGGUGACCGUAACACAGUUCUACGGGGAAUCAAGCCUACAGUGAGUUAUAUCAAACAGGACCAACAACAUGCGAUAGUAGCUAACCCCAUUCUCCCACCCGCCCAGGACUUCUCACACGUCCGCAAAAGCGCUGAACUCUUCCUUGAUCGCAGCCGGAAUCGCCCAGGACAACCAGGCGCCAAACCAGGCAGCAAGGUCUCCGUGCCCGCGCCAUCAGCCGGUCUUUCAAUGCCCUCAUCGCGCAAAUCCACCUCCCACUCCCGCCCCGACCCAAUCAUCCUAAUCUCACCCUCCGCCUCAUCCCUCAUCCGCAUGUCAAACGUCAAAUCCUUCCUCGAAGAAGGCAUCUUCGUACCGCCCGACCACCCAACCCUCUCCAGCGCCACAGACGCCAACCUCGUGAAACUGGAGCGCCCACUUCGCAUCAACGCCGACGCCUCCAACCCCAACGCAGCCGCAGUCGGCUCUCGCGCUGGCAAGCCCGCCCGGCCGACCAAAUUCAUCGUCGUCGACGGCACCACCAACUUCAAGCCCGAGUACUGGAACCGUCUCGUCGCCGUCUUCACCACAGGUCAAACCUGGCAGUUCAAGUCGUACAAGUGGUCCUCGCCGCCGGAGCUGUUCAAGCACGCCACGGGUGUCUAUAUCGGCUGGCGCGGUGAAGAGGUUCCGGCUCAGGUUAAGGGCUGGGGUCGCGGUGUCGAGAACUUUGCUGUUGAGCGCUGGGACGAGAAGAAUGGUAUCCAUGGUGGUGGGCGCUGGCGGGAUCGAGAGGUUGUCGAGGGUAUUUGGACGGCUAUUGAGGAGGGCAUGAGACUUCGUGGCUGGGGAUCUAAAUAA